AUGUUUCAAAUGUUUAAUCUUUUAAUAUGCUGCAGCCGCGGAGUUCUUCAUAGAGACAUCAAACUGGAGAACUUGUUAGUGAACACAGACACCCUGGACGUGACACUGAUUGAUUUCGGCUGCAGGGACCUGCUGCAUGAAAUGCCAUAUAACACCUUUAGUGGCACAAGGAAGUACUGCCCCCCUGAAUAUUUAGAGACGGGCAAGUACAACGGACGGCAAGCAACAGUGUUUUCACUGGGGGUUGUUUUGUACACUUUGGUUUGCGGCUAUUAUCCAGACCACACCGAUCUGGACAAGAUCAAGGACUGGCUGCGAUAUCUGCCCAGCUUGUCAAAAGAAUGCAGCCAUUUGAUCAACGCCUGCCUGCAUCCCAACCCUGAGGAGAGAAUUCCUCUUGACAGACUCCUUCUCCAUGACUGGUUUAAGAUGUUUCAUUUGCUGUAUAUGUCAUCCCAUAAGUCAUGGAGACAAGAACACCCUGCAACAGCCAUCCAGGAACUGCUCUUUAGUCAGCUUAGUGUCUGGUGGGCUGACACGAGUGGCCCCUCCAUCCCUCCAGUUCUUAGCAUCUUGCGAGGCUGGAAAGCUCUGGUAGCGUCUGGCGCCAGGUCCUGA